AUGCGAAUAGACCAAGCUCAAAGCUCCAACUUUGGCAAUGUGUCGAUCGUCCCCGACCCUGACACUCUGAGGUCCAUUCCGUGGGCUCCCGAGGGGGUGAAAGUUGCCGAAAUGCUAUGUGAGUCUCGAUGGAAGGACAACUCCCCUCAAGAAGCGUGUCCUCGGUACGCAGCAAGAAAACAGCUCGAGAGGUUGGAUGAUCUGGGAUUUAAUUUGUAUUCAGGUCAUGAAAUUGAGUUCCAGCUCCUAGAAAAUAAAACCUUGGAGCCGGUCUUUAAUUACAUUUCAUUCUUUAGUCAAAGGCUGUUCAACAAGCACAGCAAAGUUCUAUUUCACUUUGAUAAAAGCUUUCAAGAAUCAAAUAUUGAUGUUGAAAGAUACCAUGUUGAAUUUGGGCCAGGGUUUUUUGAAGCAGUGACAAAACCAAAAUAUGGGAUUGAGAGCGCCGAUGAGGCUUUUAAUUUGCAGCAAGGUCUUCUGGAAAUGGCUGAUCUGGAAGGUCUUAGAGUAACUUUCAUGUCAUAUUUGUCACCUAAUGAUAAAGCUGGAUUGGCUACACAUUUCAAUUUUUCCCUCUGGAAUAAAUCUGGAGAAAACAUGUUUUAUGAUGCGGAUGCUUUGGACAAGCUGUCUGUAGUUGCUAAACAGUGGAUUGCAGGCAUCCUUAAGCACAGUAAAGCCCUCUUUGCCUUCACGAACCCUACGGUCAACUGCUACAGGAACUACAACGAUCCCUUUAAACCUAGGACUCCAGACUGGGGAAUGGAAGAUCGAGAAUCAUGUCUGCGCAUCAAGAACGAAGGUCCAAGGAAAACAUACUUCGAGAACAGACUUCCAAGGGGAAAGAGCAACAUAUAUCUUGUCAUGGCAUCAACCAUUGCUGCUGGACUGGAUGGAGUUGAAAAGAAAAUGGAGUGCCCAAUCUCGGGGAAACAAGAAGACGCAGAAUCACUCCCCUGUUCCCUGGAUGAGGCUUUGUGUGAACUUGAACAGGAUGAGGAUCUGUGUAAUGCCUUGGGGAAGGAACUGGUGACUUGGUUUGUCAAGAGUAAGAGAGAUACAGAACUCGCCCUGUAUGAAGGCAUUGAGACUAAAGAGGAAAUCUUUGCUAUGGAGAAAGAAGACUAUCUAUGA